GGUCAGUACUUAUCUGCAUGCCGACGGGCCGCACAUUAGUUUUGAUCUUUCUCUUCUCUGAAUUGUGGUCCGUCUACAAUCACAGCAUGACAAGCUACACAGACAAAGGGGAGAAGCCCACAAGGGGAAAGUUUGUCAGGUUUCAUCAUCUCACCUUCUGGGUCGGCAAUGCCAAACAGGCAGCCACCUUCUACUGUGAUAAGAUGGGCUUCGAGCCUUUGGCCUAUAAGGGUUUGGAGACUGGCAGCAGAGAGGUGGUGUCUCAUGUCAUCAGACAGGAUAAGAUAAUGUUUGUGUUUGAAUCUCCGCUGAAUCCUGGAAAUGAGGAAAUGGGAGAACACUUGAUGAAGCAUGGAGACGGAGUCAAAGACAUCGCUUUCCAAGUGGAGGACUGUGACUUCUUAGUCAAGACAGCUAAAGAGCGAGGAGCUGUAAUCGUCAAGGAACCCUGGGUGGAGCAGGACAGCCACGGGAGAGUCAAGUAUGCUGUGGUUCAAACGUAUGGAGAUACAACACACACACUCAUCGAGUACCUCAGCCCCUACAAAGGCCUUUUCCUGCCAGGCUACAAAGAGCCUCUGUUUAGGGAUCCUCUGUUAGCCAAACUUCCACCAGGAGGUUUGAGCUUCAUCGAUCACGUUGUGGGAAACCAGCCAGAUGACGAAAUGGUGCCAGUUUCAGACUGGUAUCAGAAGUGUUUGAUGUUCCAUCGGUUCUGGUCAAUAGACGACAAGCAGAUCCACACGCAGUACAGUGCGCUGAGGUCCAUAGUGGUGACGAACUAUGAAGAGACCAUCAAGAUGCCCAUCAAUGAACCUGCAACGGGGAAAAAGAAGUCACAAAUCCAGGAAUAUGUGGACUAUAACGGGGGACCAGGUGUUCAGCACAUUGCUCUCAACACGUCAAACAUUAUUCAAGCCAUAGUGAACCUGCGCGCCCGAGGAAUGGAGUUCCUCUCAGCACCUGACGCCUACUAUGACACCCUGCGGCAGAAUCUCAAAACCGCCAAGAUCAAGGUGAAGGAGGACCUCAACCGUUUACAGGAAUUGAAAAUCUUAGUUGAUUUUGAUGACAAGGGCUACCUCCUUCAAAUCUUCACCAAACCUGUGCAGGACAGACCAACCCUUUUCUUAGAGGUCAUUCAGCGGAGCAACCACUUUGGCUUUGGGGCAGGAAACUUCAAGUCUCUCUUUGAGGCCAUUGAGAAGGACCAGGACGCCAGGGGCAACCUCACUGUGCUGACACCCGAAGGGCAGGCCAAAGCCUUCUACUGAUCCUCCGACUGCUGCUGCCAAACCACACUUAGACUGUUAUAUAUGGCAAUCAACAACACCUUCCACAGCUACAGUAUAUCAAACACAUAUACAGAGAUAAGCUGCAAGUGCUAUCAGAUAUGCUUUAAGUUGUCUGUAGAUUGCAUGAUGUAUGGCUAAAUAAAGAAAUGUUCAUGUUCAUGCAGGUUGGCAAGUGUGUGGGAAACAGCUGUACACAUUUUAAAGGAACAGUUUGACAUUUUGGGAAAUAUGAUUAUUUGCUUUCUUGCCGAGAGUUAGAUGAGAAGAUCAAUACCACUGUAAGUAUGAAGCUAGGAGCUACCAGCAGACAGUUAGCUUAGCUUAGCAUAAAGACAGGAAACAGGGAGAACUAGCUAGCUUGGCUCUGUCUAAAGCUAACAGAAUCUACACACCAGCACCUGUGAACACAGGAAUGGACUGCGGCAGGCCAAGAAAUUAUCCGGUACAUAUCCCCAUAAAACCACAACCUGUCGUUUUUACUCUUCAGUUUUUUUUACACAUUAAACCAACAAGAUGUAAUGUGUAACUGCUGCAGAUGGUUAAGUAAUAUUUAAAAUAAAAAAUGUGUCAUUAUCUA